AUGGCGCUGGGCAUACUGGAAGACAGCAAACUCGGCCAUGUCCCUGGGACGACCUACGUGCUCGACGACGAUGGCAGCUCUAUCGAGACGCCUGUUCCUGAAGAAUCGCAUCUCAAGUACGACAAGACCGGGCCUGUUCCUGUCAUCCUCGUCCCCCAGCCCAGCGACGACCCGAACGACCCUCUGAACUGGCCGCUAUGGAAACGCGAUAUGAUCCUGCUCAUCCUCUCGUUUACGUCCGUCAUCUGCGCCACGACGUCACCCAUCCUGGCCGCAAACACCAUCACCAUCGCGCGCACAUUCACCAUCGACUUCACCCAGGCCGCCCUGCUGACGGGAUACCAUCUCUGCGGCGUCGGUGUGGCCGGCAUCGUCAUCGUGCCCACUGCCAGAGUAUGGGGGAAACGACAUCUCUUCCUGCUCGGCAACCUCAUCAUCGUCGUUAGCUGUGUCUGGGCCGGUGCCAGCGGUACAAACCACGCCAGCUUGAUAUGGGCCAGAGUCUUCCAGGGCGUUGGCCUUGCUCCUUUUGAGGCCCUGGUUAACGCCGUCGUUGGCGACCUCUUCUUCGUUCACGAGCGCGGGAAACGCAUGGCCCUGUCCAACGUUGCGCUGUUCGGAGGCGCAUUCCUCACGCCCGUCAUAGCAGGAAAGAUGACACACACGCUUGGCUGGGAGUGGACGUUCUACUUCAUCGCCAUCUUCGCCGGUCUCUGUCUGCCGCUCGUCUUCUUCUUCGUGCCCGAAACGGCCUACAGGCGCGCCGAACAUCUCAACACCGACUUUUCAGGAGACGCCGAUCGACGGGCGGCGAGAGUGGAAGCGCACACUGAGAUCGAGAAGGAGGUACAGUCCGGCGCAAAUGCUGGACCGAGUUCGAGUGCUGCAGAGGCCAACGGUGGUGCGAACGCUGCGCCCGCUGAAGUGCCGAGAAAGGCAACAUUCGUCGAAUCCCUCGCCCUCUUCAACGGCCGCAAGACGGACGAGAACUUCUUCAAGCUGCUGCUCAGGCCCUUCCCGCUCUUCUUCCACCCUGGUAUCGCAUGGGCAUGCCUGAUUCAAGGCGUCAUCAUCGGCUGGACAGUCUUCAUCGGUGUCCUCCUCGCAGCCCUCUUCCUCGGCCCGCCCCUCUGGUUCUCAGAAGUAGAGACGGGAUACCUCUACACAGGCGCCUUCAUCGGCUCUGUGGUAGGCCUGUUCAUGUCCGGCCUGUUCUCGGAUUGGUCUGCCAACAUGCUCAUUCGCGCCAACAGAGGCAAAUAUGAGCCUGAGUUCCGUAUCUGGCUUGUUCUGCCGCAGUUGAUAUUCAGUGGUAUCGGGCUGUUCGGGUUCGGGUUUGCGGCCGGCGACGUCCCGAGAUACGGAUGGAUUAUCCCGGAUGUCUUCUUCAUGUUUGUUCUUAUCGGUAUGGUCAUGGGCGCUGUGGCGAGUGCCCUGUACAUCGUCGAUGCUCACCGUGAAAUCGCCAUCGAGGCAUUCACGUGUCUGCUCGUGUUCAAGAACAUGUUCAGUUUUCUGCUUACUUACUUCGCCUAUAACUGGGUGGUGCUAGGUGGCCCGAAGAAGGUAUUCCUUAUCAUCGGCGGCGUCGAGGUCGCCGUCUGCCUUCUCAGUAUACCCAUGUAUAUUUUCGGCAAACGCAACCGCUCCUUCUUCCAUCGUCAUGAUAUUCUCAAGAUGCUGAAUCUGCGGUAA